UGUCUUCAGGGGGAGCUGACUAUGACUGGUGACAUGGAGAACUUACAGAACGCCCUGUACCUAGACACAGUGCCAGAGCCCUGGGCCAGGCGAGCCUACCCUUCCACAGCAGGCCUGACAGCCUGGUUUUUGGACCUCCUCAACUGAAUCAAGGAAUUGGAGGCUUGUAUAGGAGACUUUGCAAUGCCCUCCACUGUGUGGCUGACAGGCUUCUUUAACCCCCAGUCCUUCCUGACCACCAUCAUGCAGUCCAUGGUCCGCAAGAAUGAGUGGCCACUAGACCAGAUGGCCCUGCAAUGUGAUGUGACAAAGAAGAAUAGAGAGGAAGUCAGGAGCCCUCCUCGGGAAGGGGCUUACAUCCAUGGCCUCUUCAUGGAAGGUGCUCGCUGGGAUACACAGGCUGGGAUCAUUACAGAGGCCACGCUGAAGGAUCUGACGCCGCCCAUGCCUCUGAUGUUCAUCAAGGCCAUUCCUGCAGAUAAGCAGGAUUGCCGCAGUGUCUACCCUUGUCCCAUGUACAAGACCUGUCAGCAGGGACCCACCUACGUGUGGACUUUCAACCUGAAGACGAAGGAGAACCCAUCUAAGUGGGUUCUAGCUGGAGUAGCUUUGCUUCUCCAGAUUUAGCUUCCUGCAGAAACAGUAAACAAGGCUGGGCUAGAGGCUGCCCAGGGGGGCAAGUGGGUGAGGGGUACCACAGACACACAGAGAGGUAAAAGAAAUCUUAAGUACUCACAAUUCUGUAGAAUUGUUUUAAGGAACUAGGCAAGAAAUGUCUAAAGUGAGGCUGAGCUGGAGGAGUGUGGGCCCCAAAACCGGGGAGCUUUUCAUAACACUUUCCUAAUAAAGUGAUUUAUUCUUCAACUGUCUGGAGGCUUUCAGAGUGCAGUCGUGAUCCUGGAGACCAGAGAAAUGCACCCAAUUGCCUGAGCCCUGGCGCUAUUACACAGCCCUGUGCUCAGCGCUCUAACCCCCAGCUCCUCUGUGAACCUAAAGCAUUGACAUCACUCACUGAAAAACUCCAUGUGUGCUUUUUAACAAGCUUCCCAGGUGAUUUGGGUGCACAUUAUGGUUUGAGAAACUUUACUCUGGAUCAGGUGUCACCAAACUCUGUAAUGGGCCAAACAGAAAACAUUUGACUUCUCAGGGCAUUUGUUUCUGUUGCAACUUCUCAACUCUGCCCCUGAGGCCCAAAAGCAGCCAGUGACAAUACAUAAAUGGGUGUGGCUAUGGUCCAUAAACUUUAUUUACUGAGCCAUAUUUUGCUGGUCACUGCUCUAGAGGAUAAGGGAAUGUGUAUGUGAUAUUUAUCCUUCAUUACCUCACACUUCUAUUCAAUAAAUUCAUAUCUAACACUAUUUGCUGAGAACAUACCUGUGAAUGAGGUAGGUUGUUCCCUUGGAUCACUAUCAUCCUUCAGAACCAUUCAAGGGGAACCCAAGGAGAAACCCUUAACCCUUCAUCUAAAGCUUUUUAACUUGUAAGUUUUCUAGCUUUUUCUCUGUAAAACAAAUGUGCACUGGAAGCUCAAAGAAUUCCACAGUUUCACUGAGUUUUAAAGAGCUCUAUAGGGAAGCUUGUUUGGUAAAAAGUCUGGGAGGGCCCAUAAUUCUUCUGAAUUAUUACCACAUAUCCUUGAACUUUUUCUGGAAUGAGUUAUUUAAAACAGUGGUCCUUAAACUUGAGCAGGCAUCAGAAUAACCUGGAGGGCUUGUUAAAACAAAAAUAUUGCUGGGCCCCACUCUUCAGAAUUGAUGAUUCAAUAAGUCUAACAAAUUACCAAUGCUUCUGGUCCAGGGACCACUUUGAGAACUGUUCUUUCAAGACAGAACAUCCCACCUACCUACAAAUCUCUGCUAUGCAGAAUACAGAAUCUAAUGCCAAUUCCUCCAUGAUUUUCCUGCUUUCUCUCCUGUGAGGGACCUUGUUCCUCAUCUCCAUGUUGUAAGAGAGUUAACAAAUUCCUCUGGAAUCCAGGAAUUCAAACUUGAGUUUUGUCUCUCAUCAACCAGUACUUCCCACUGUUUGCCAACAACUUGCAGUUUCAUGCCUACAGUUUAAUGUCUGCAGGCAGAUAGCUCUGCCCUCCUCAUGAGCAUCCUGCUUCCUGAUCCUCACCAGGAACAGUAAUGUAAAAGCACGCAAGAGGAGGACUGAGACGGAAGGAAGGUGACAUUUCACCACACAAGAGCAGGACACUUUGGAGCAUGUAUCUUUUGAAGACAAAAACAAGUAGGGUAGAUAUGUGUCAAACCUCUACACAGUACUAUAAAUUAGAUCCGUACUAGUGAGUUCUUCCUAAUACCUUCAGACAAAAUGAGAAAAUGAUAAUUUUAAAAGCACAGUAUGUUUUUGUCAAAAAUGAUAGCCUAAGUGGGAUGGCAGGAUACAGAGAGGCAGCCUGAGGAAAGUGGGAAGUGAGCUCAGGAAAAGGCACCCAGGACAGACUUACCUGAGACAAUGCCCAGCGCUGGCCAGGCUCUCACACCUGGGUACCAUGUGAGCACUUUCCUAUCAUUGUU